AAUGGCGCUUUCGUUUCUAUCGCAAAACUCCGGUCUGUUGGAUUUACAAAGCAUAUUUGAUCCACAAUAUUCUCAUCAUCAACAACAACAACAAAUACCACAACAUUUGAGCCACCACCCCCAACAUCACAUUCAACAAAAUCAACAACAAAAUCAACACCAACAACAAGCGGAACAAAUUCUACAACAUCAACAACCACGCAACAUAUCAACAAAGUUCGAUUUGAACAUUUUCAACGAAUUCGACCAAAUGGAAUUCAACAACAAUUUAAAUCGCAAUCAAUAUCAAAACAACAACAAUAAUAUCAACAACAAUCAGAAUCAUAACUCCAACACCAACAACACUAACAACAGUGUAAGUGAAAAUCUAAAUCAGAUCCAGAACCGCCACUUCAUCAGCGGCUACCACCAUCAGCAUAUUGGUUCGGAUUAUGAGCAAGUGAUCAACUUUGUUGACUCGCCGCCAAACUCUGAGGAAUCGUGGACAGAGACCACCUCUUUAAUCGAACAAAUCACCAUUGUCGUAGACGCCCAAUCGAAGGAUUCGCCGGGACCGCAGAUCAUCGACGUGCAAACCAUUUACCUAAAUAGCGGCUCACGCAAAAGACGAAUGGAUUGGGAUUCCCUGGACAUUGGCCAAAGUGAGAAUUCACCAACAGCAUCGCAGAGCGGCGAGCUGCCCACCAAAGUGGCCCAUCAGGAGAAGGAUAAACACAAGCGCGAGAAGAACUCGGGUCGCAGCAGCUGGAGCGAUGAUAUUGGCUUCGAUCUGAAUGCCGAGUUCAACAGCAACUCGUACUUGAACAAUGAGAACUUCCUGUCGUUCUCGCCCUCGCUGACCACCCUAAAGCAGGAGCCGCAGACGGAUCAGGUCAAGCCCAGUCCCAAGAUAUCAUUGGACAAUGCCGCUGGUUCUCCCUCGGUGGCCAUUGCCAAGCUGGAUGAGUCCCAGAACUCUCCGCAACAGCCAAAUCCUGGCCAGGAAUUAACCCCUGGCUCUGGUUCGGCCAACGGCAAUGGCAAGCACGAUGUGAAUUCGGGUCUUAUCUGUGGCUGUGGUUCACCACAGGGCUCUCCAAGCAGUGAGUAUGAUGUGAACGAAAAGGGCGCCAAGCAGCAGCAGCUCAGCGUUUUGGAUCCGGCCAAGAUUGAGCUUGUUUCGGCCAAUGGAGCUACCCACUCCGAGGAUCAUAAAUUUCAGUAUAUCUUGGCUGCGGCCACUUCGAUUGCCACCAAGAACAACGAGGAGACCCUGACGUAUCUCAACCAGGGCCAGAGCUACGAAAUCAAGCUAAAGAAGAUCGGCGACCUAUCCCUCUACCGGGAUAAGAUAUUGAAGAGCGUGAUCAAGAUCUGCUUCCAUGAGCGCCGCCUCCAGUUCAUGGAGCGCGAACAGAUGCAACAAUGGCAGCAAUCCCGCCCAGGCGAACGCAUCAUUGAGGUGGACGUACCGCUAUCGUACGGCCUGUGCCACGUGUCCCAACCGCUCAGCUCCAACUCGCUGAACACCGUCGAGAUCUUCUGGGACCCGCUGAAGGAGGUCGGCGUCUACAUCAAGGUCAACUGCAUUUCAACCGAAUUUACCCCAAAGAAGCACGGCGGCGAGAAGGGAGUGCCCUUCCGACUGCAGAUUGAAACCUAUAUAGAAAACACAAACAGCACCAAUACUGGCGUUUCUGCUGCCGGUUCCGGUCUAGGAUCUGCUGGCAGCAGCAGCAGCAACAACAGCGCCAGCAACGGCGGCAGUGGUAACAACACCAACGGCACAACCAGUGGCUCGACAGCUCCAGCAUCACCGGAACGUUCGCCCAAUGCUGGCGGACAGGCCAAGCAGGCGGUCCAUGCCGCUGCAUGCCAGAUCAAGGUUUUUAAGCUAAAGGGCGCUGAUCGCAAGCACAAGCAGGAUCGAGAGAAGAUCCAGAAGCGUCCGCAAUCGGAGCAGGAAAAGUUCCAGCCCAGCUACGAGUGUACCAUCAUGAAUGACAUAUCCCUGGAUCUGGUGAUGCCUGCCACUACCACUGGCUGCUACAGUCCCGAAUAUAAUGGAAAAUCUGAAAAGUUGAAAGAUGCCCAAGUGCCGCGCAUUCGUGAACAUGCGCUUGCAUUUGAAGGAUCGUCGCUCCUGCCAACGUCAGAUACUCAACGAGCUACACUGGAUUUUAUGAAACUCUGGCCCAAUUCGCCCGUACAUAUACCCAAGUACGAUGGGAUACUUCCGUUUGCCCCAAGUGCAGCUUCGCCGGCCACCAGCAGCAGCAGCCCCAUUGCCAUCAACUCGGUGACAUCGACCAACUCACCGACUCUGAAGCUAAUGGACGCCACCAAUAUGGUAUCGCCGCAGCAUGUGCCCGCCGACAUGGACGAUUAUAACCAGAACAUCAUGCCGGAAUCGACGCCCGCACAAGUGACGCAGUGGCUGACCAAUCACCGCCUCACGGCCUAUCUCUCAACUUUCGCACACUUCUCGGGAGCGGAUAUUAUGCGCAUGUCCAAGGAGGAUUUGAUACAAAUCUGCGGCCUGGCCGAUGGCAUUCGCAUGUUCAACAUUUUGCGCGCCAAAACCAUUGCCCCUAGGCUUACGUUGUACGCCAGCUUGGAUGGCUGCAGCUACAAUGCCAUCUACUUGCUUUCGAACACGGCCAAGGAGCUGCAGCAGAAGCUGUUCAAGAUGCCUGGUUUCUACGAGUUUAUGGCCAAGGCCAGUGCCCAGGAGAACGGAGGAGGAGGUAGUGCUGCCGCUGCAGCUGCGGCUGCCCUGUACAACAACUGGAGCAUGCACUCCAAGUACUCGGGCAGCGGCUCGAACAUCUUCAACGAUGCCAACAAGAGCUGCGUGUACAUCUCGGGGCCGUCGGGCAUUUUGGUCAGCGUCACCGACGAGGUCCUCAACAACGAGAUCAAGGAUGGCAGCCUCUACGCCAUGGAGGUGCAGGCCGGCAAGGUGAUCCUCAAGCUGAUCAACAAGCAGGACAACAAUUGAGCCUUUUAAAUUGAUAUCCCCGUAGAGUCCACCAUCUCCGAGCAAAAAUCAAGUAUAGUUUUUAGCAUUUACACGCAGUGUGAAAGAUAGUUUUCUAAAUAUGCUUCAAUGUGUACAAGAUAUUUCGCGCAGCAAUUUUGAACAAGUAAAAAGAAAGCAAGCAACCCGAAACCCGAAAUCCCAAUCCCCAACGCAAAUCUUCGUUAAAGAACUAGUGCAAAAUAUUUAAGUUUUCGUUUUUCAGUCCACACUUUUAGGUUUUUAUUAUACUUUACUUUAUUUUACAUUGUAUUUUAUACCACCUACGAUAUACGACUACAUAUGCACAAUUAAUUCUCCGAUGCGAUUGCAUUUCGAUUCGUUCUUUUAUCUACUUUUAAUUUUCUUUUUCUAUUUCUAUGGCGUAUGCUUACCACAUAUAUAACACUUAUAUAUCAGUUAUUUGAAGUAGAAAGAAAAAACACAAAAAAAAAAGAAACAUAAUUUUACUAUAAUGAUUAUUGUUAUUAUAAUUAUCUUCAAGUACAGUACCACGAAUACAAGAAUUGAGCAAUUGUUUCGAAGCAGAGUUCAACUAGCAACCAAACAACAACUUUUGUAUGUGAUAGAAGCAAUAAAGUGUUAUCCACAAGUGGACUGUCAAAAAAACCA